AUGAGCGAAUCUAAGAUAAAGGCAGCUGGGCUGAGAUUCCAGAAGAGAGCAGACUCCAGUAACCCUACUCCAAGCUCUGCCAGUACCUUUUACAAUUUGAACCGCCCAUCUAAAGGAAUUCCAAUCUCGAAGCCAAAGGAGGGCGAUAAUGAUGAAUAUAAUGAUGACAAUCAUCGGCGUUUAAGGAAGGAUCUUGACCGACUGUACCCAAAUUCUACCUUACCCACGCGCCCGGCUCGGAAUGUUUCGAACAAGAGAUUUCCAGCUCCACCAUCGGGCUAUUCGACUGGAUCCUCAACUCGUGCGCUCGACGAAAACCCGAUGGGUGUAGGCUCGUCGUCUUCCGCAUCUUCUCGAUUAUUGAAACCUCCUAUCAAUCACAAUGCACGUUUACAAGGUGAUCGUGUUCCAGGAAACCGCACUUGGACUCCUUCAAAUCAAACGAUUGAACAAUCCCCUCCUGAUUCUUCCACUCAGGCUUCACAUCUUAGUUCUCGAUUAGGAUCAGAACACUUCUCUCUCAAUGAUGAGCGUUGUACCACCAUCUCCUCUCCGCAUCAAGAAAAGCCCGACAUUGAAACACCCGCAUGGCUGGCAGAAGAUCAAUCUUUAAUUCUUCGACUCGAUGCUGCCAUUGCUUCUCCUACGCGUCUCGAAAGCUCGGCUCCAAGACUAGAACCAGAUGAUCUAUGCCUUGCACGAAGAAUUGAUGCUGCUAUUGCUUCCCCUGAAAUUGUUUCUCCUCCACGUGGAAAAACUACAGUUCAAAAGCCCACAGGCAAGAAAAUACCAUCCAUCUUCCUAAAUCCUUCUCACAACUCUAGGCCACAAGCAGCAUCUUCCAAAGGCCGGAUUAACCCCAUCAGGCACAGCCAAACCUCGAAGCAUACCAAAUCAUGCCUUAACAGUCCUAAAAAGUCGAUUUCUCAGAGGGCUUCCAAUGGGUAG